GCCUCCUCCGCGCCGCCCUCCUCUCCCCGCGCCCCCCUCGGCCCCGACACGUAAAGCUGAUGUCGGACGGAAGACUCGCAAACCGAAACGCUACCGGAGUGACUUCAUGGAUCGGUGGUAUGUCGAUAACCCAAGACGGGAACUUGAUCGCUCCAGACAAAAUAAUGAAUCACGUGCACCGGUACGCAAGCCCUCAUUACAGACCCCAUGGUCAUCAUUACCACCGAUGGAACCAUGAGCCAGGGGGGAGUGGAGACCCUCUGUACGCAACUAUGACAGUCUACGGCGCGGGAUAUAUCGAUGAGAACCAGAGAAUUGGAAAGGAUAACGCUAAAGCUGAUGAUGAGAAGGUGGCUCUGCAGUCGACGUGCCAUGUGGCUCUUGAUACUUGUAUCAAGGAUGUGGAUUGCGUGGCAGCCCUGACUCCAGUAUUGCAGAAGUGCCAUUCAACCGAGUGCGACCGCGAGGGAUGUAUGGCAGCUUUGAGGAACUUCUAUCGUAAACCCGGCGUGAAAUGGAGUACCGAAAUUGCGUUCUGCUUAUGCAAGAAAACGGAUAACAAGGAGGAUUCCUGUAUGAACGCCCAGGAGAGACUUCAUCCAUCGUGUGCUCAACGACCACCCGUUGGUUCCCCGCUACCUGCCUGUCAUACCCUGGCCCAUAACUGUAGAGAAGAUCCUGAAUGCAGAAUCCGCUUGGAGAACUACGAGCAAUGGUGCGCCGUAGAUGCCGUCACCCAGGGUUGCGCUGGUGCACCCGCAGCUUGCAGAGCAGCCGUGGUAGCUGUUCUGGGCACCCAGCUCCGAGCUGCCUGUGCCUGCCGUGGCACAGACUUCGCCCAGCUCUACGACUGUUUGGGUUGGCAACGGCUACUAUGGCUCAACCCCUGUGUCGUUGAAUCUCAAAGUGACUACCACGUGAAGACCUACGGAGCCUUGCUGACCACGACUCCUGUCGACAACGGCGUCAGAUACAUCACCGUCGCGCCGGAGCCAGCCAUCCAUCACCGAACAACCACCUUCCAUCAUCGGCACACCACUCAGCUUGGCUCCCCGCGUGUAAAUGUUCUCCAGGAGACUCGAGUAGAACAUAGCCCUAUCACAACAAUAUCAGAACAAACAGUUGGUCCGAAUGAGAUCGCUCAGAUAUCCGAGCCGAUUGCGGAGGCGAGCACUGCGAGCACGAGCACUACGAGCACGAGCACUACGACCACGUCGACAACAACGACAACUACGACAACAACGACCACGCCGAAACCGACCACGCUUGAACCGGCUAAGUACUGUGUUGUUAAGAAGCCGGAGAGUGACGACAAGGAACAGAUUAUUAGGAUGGGCGAAACGCGGCGGCUGUACCGCUCAGCUGAACUAGCAGAGUGCACGGAUCUCUGCUUCUGCGAGGUUUCCCUCCAGGUGUCUUGCAAGGUGGCGUGUGUCCCUCGAGCGCCUUGCUCAUCACGACUGGCGCAUUACUCCCACGCGGCACCAGCUUACCAGGCAUACAGGGGACGAUGCUAUUGCUACUCCGGAUCAUUCAUCUGCAUGAGACCUAAUCCUGGUGAAUACAAACUUCCCGAAGGUGUGUAUCUUCUGCUAGGCUUCAGUUCAGUGGACGAAUCAUUACUCCGACCUCACACAGGACUUGGGGCUGAAGAUGCAGUAAGGCUUCUGCAACAAUACAUGUACAACAUUUAUCGGGAUCGGACUAACUGCACACUUACAUUGUUUAACAUCAGCAACGAGAAUGUGAUUAUAUCGGCUAGUGUUCCUCCCAAGGAACAUGAAACCCUUAAAGAAGCGGGUGAAGUACUCCUAGAUAAGGAAAAGGAAGCUUGCAUCGAUGUUUUAAAGAUAGUGAAAACACGAAUAAACUCUCAACACGAAGACAUCUCAUCGCAUCUACUCUUAUCUAUAUUCAAAAUUGCAGAAGUUGAUGUUGUUUACCCGACACCACCAAGCUCUGGCAAUGCUCGUCUUGAUCCGAAUAAAAUUCUAUAUGUCGUCAUAUUUAUCACUGUCGCACAUAAUUUUCUAUUUUCCUUAUUAAUCUACAUUUUCAGAUGCAUAGUCAAUUGUUUGUCGAAUUUAUUCAACUUUAGGAUAAUAUUUAUGGAACGAAAUAUUUCACGAAUCGUUUCUCUCAUAGAUGAUUAUAUUUUACAAAAUGUUAUAUCUAUUUUGAAAUGCUAUGAAGAAUUUAAUGAGAUUAGUAAAGUAGCUGUUGUAAAUUAUGAAGAUAUUACGCACAGUGCACUUGCUUUAGAUGAAGCACAAAUCACAAAUGUAGAUUUAAGAGAUAUAGAUGUAUAUUAUAAAAUCAAACAUAUCGUAAAUGCUGUGAGUAUUACAAUAUUUACUAAAUUUAAUGAACUUGUUGCUAAUGCAAUUAUACCUAAAUAUUUUUCUAGAGAUGUGUAUUAUGAUAUUGGAUGUACUAUUGAUUCGGAGAUGCUUUUCGGUGAAUUAUUUUACAAAAAAAUAGCGUCCUUUUCUUAUGGGAUUGUCAAAUCCGUUAGCUUAGGACUGAUUCUAGUAGUAGUAUAAAGACUGAGAUGAACUAAACAUAUCAAUAUAGUUAAGUGUAUUUCAUUUAUUUUCGACUUAGAACUGGUGCUUGUAGGACGAUCUUAAGGCUGGGUUUUGUAAAUAAAUAUACUACGCCUUUUACACUAUUAGUAUUUUGUUUCAAAUCGGAUAGAGCUACUCGUAUUGAUACAGUUAAGAAUAAUCUAUUAGAAAUUAUUUAUUAGACUUGAUCUAAAAUUGGUUGUAUCUUUUCACUUAGUGUGCCUUCUGCCAAUCGCAUUAUAAUUAUUCGGAUGUAUUUCGUUAUUAUCAAUCUUAAAGCGAUGCUUUUUAUCUGUAUCAAAAUAUGUCAUUAUGUCUUGUAAGAUAGGAGUAGGUUGUGUUAGUUACUUGCGCCUUUUGUUACAUAAGUAGGGGUUAUCGAUGUAUGCACACAUAGAAUGUAUACUUUAUGAACAUUUUCAGCUAAUUUUAAGCCCAGAACUAAAAAAAAAAAUAUCCUUGACAACUUCAUUACAGUCGGUAUGCUUCUGAAACUUCUGUGGAAGCGUAGAUAUUGACGCUCACAGUGGUUUCCUCUUCUAUUAUAGUCGUGCAGUAAUAAAAACGUUAACAUUUUCAGAUUUCAUAAUAUUACGUGUCAUUAUCGUGUCACUGAAUGUUCUCACUAUCGCUUGGUUACUCUACUACUCGAGAUACGCUGGUAAGCACUCUCGUGAAAAUUAGACGUUCGUUACAAUGAUAUACCUAAAAUUUGGGUGCUAGACCCUAUAGUAAUAACCGGCGCGAUCACGGCCCAUUUCUUAUUGGUAUUUCACUUUACUCUCAUUGCAGGAAUGCCAUGAUUUUAUUGCAAUUUGGAAUUCAGUUCAGCCAGACAAGUAGUAGACUUGUGGUGACCUCGAUUUAUUUUGCUUUAAAAUAUUCUGAUUCAUCAGUAUUUUCGGAAAGAAAGUAAUGGUUUUUAGAGACCUAUAAUUAGUACAAGAUGGUAUUUAAAAAAGUAUAAAAGAUCAACUAGGAUUCCUUGGAUCUAAUCUUGAAUUAAUUUUAUCUUCUUACAUCAAGGGCCUCAGUGGUGUUAUUAUUGUCUCGUGUACAUAUAUCUUAAUAACUUAAGAUUGCUGAAAAUAGUUCAUAAUGUAAUCAAUUUAGUGAACACUUAGAUAAAUGUUAACAGUGGCUCCACAAAAAGUGUAUCGCCAGAUGGUAAUGAAUGAAGCUUUAAUUUGGGGUAGAUCUAGAUUAUUGUGUUCUAAAGAGUUUAAAUAAUAAAUGUUUCAGUAGACGUGUACAAGUACUAUUUGAUGUACGAAUUGUUAGAAAUUGUCUAUUUAUUUCUUACUGUCCUAUGCACUUAUAUUUGAUAAGUGAUUGUUUUCUCGCAAUGAAGCAUAAAAUAAAUAUAAGAGAAAUUAUUACAAUAUAAAUAUUCAGAUAUUGAAUUGAUAUUUCGAGUCAUUUGAUUUAGGUACCAGAGCAUUAUAUAACAUUUUUUUAA